AUGGCUUGGGGCGUCAAACAAUCCGGUCGAGCGGGAAAGAGCGGGGAAAUGGCGCGCACACGUGCGCCCAGCAAGGUACUUGAGCGCAGAGUUAACGAUCCUAUGCGUGACAAGUUGGUGAGCCUCUUGUCGAUGCUCAUUGGGCAGAUGGUCACUGUCACACUUCUGAAUGGGAGUCGCUACGUGGGAAUUUUAUCCGGCGCACUGACAGAUGCUGCUGAGAUGGGUGUGCUACUCUCGGCAGGCCAGGCACUUAAUCCAGCAGCGGAUGGAAUUGAGCUGGGCGAAGUGCAGGGAUCAGUCCUGAUCCCUGGCUCGGAGAUCGCCGAAGUGGAUGCGAGUGGUACGCGCAUGAGCACUGCUGAGCAGCUGCGUGCACUGCAACAAAGCAUAACUAAAUCAAAACCCACUGGAUUCCGUACCGACACGGAAAUCAGCGGCACGCAGCAAUCCGAUGGCCGUACAUUGCAGCGCUGGGACGAACCUGAAGCGCUCGAGACCGGAGCUGAGUCUCUCUCCCUUUCAGGAUCGACUACGGGCUGGGACCAGUUUGCCGCGAACGAAGCGCAGUUUGGCGUGAAAUCGAACUACGAAGAGUCGAUCUACACGACAAAACUCGACCGCACCCGCAGAGACUUUAAGCAGCGCGAACGCGAGGCUGACAAGGUUGCACGAGAGAUUAUGAGCCAGUCUGCUGGAAAUACCCACUUAGCCGAAGAACGAAACCAGGUCGAGGCGGUGGAGAUUAACGAGGAAGACAAAUAUGGUGCCGUUGUGCGCGAUUCUGUUAAGCCUGUGCAAUCUCAGGACCUCGAGAAGGAAACAAAUCCUUCUGGGCGUGCACUUACUGCUGAUUUCCGCCAGUUUGUUAGUAAGGAGCGCGAUCGUUUGGUCGUGCGCAAAGCCGAGCUGGCACAAAAAGAAAAGCAAAAUAGGCUUUCUGACCUAAAAGAAUGGGCACAGUCGUUCCGUCUCAAGACACCCGUUCCGGCUGAUAUGAGCGCAUUAAGGGCGCAACCUAUACAAAAGAAGGACCACCAGACGGCGAGCCUGGAUGCAGCGCCCAAGAAGCUGAGCGCAAAGACGCCUUCCUUCAAUCCACAAGCGUCUUCGUUUACGCCUGGCGUUCGCACUUUUGCUCCUGCGGCGCCGUCCAAGCCAGACGUGCCGGAGCACCCUUUCUUUGGUGCGAAGCAGCUCAUGAAUCUCGGCAGCAGUGCUCGUGUCAUGAUGGAUUUUCGCCCUAGCCAGUCUACGAGGCAGCCUGAACCCACGGUCGUUACUGCAUGGUGGCCGUACAACGGCGCACCAUUCCGUCAGCAGAUUGCGUCGAGCUCUGCCAUGCGCGUCGAGUCGUUUGGCGAAGGUGCGCCUAUGGGUAUGCCCCGACCGCCCAUGAUUCCAAUCAUGGGUAUGUAUCACGCGCAGAACCCGGCUUUAGCUGGAAUGCAGCGGCAGGCAGCAUCGUCGCCGACGACACGCGGGGGCAAGUCACCUCGCGCGCCGCCGCACAUGAUCCGGCCGCUCAAUGUGCCGCAAAAUGGCGUACCGGCAGAGCAGCAGCCGUACACGCUUAUGUAUCCAUACGCCCAGCAUCCAUUUCCGGCACAGCCCUCGUAUGCGCUGGAUGGGACCGUGCCCAUGUCGCCCGGAGGACCGAUGAUGUACGGCGCCAUGUCUCCCCCCGCGGUAGUUGCACAGGUGUCAUUCCCUGCACCGAUGGCGCAGAUGCCACCGCCAGGCGCAAUGCAAGGCGCUUCUCCCGGCGUGCCUUUUACUAGUGGUCAGCGACGUGGAAGCCCAGUCAAAGCGCAUGCCGUGCCAGGUACUUUGCACUCAGGACGACGGAACUCGGCGCACUCCGGACGCGGGGGUGGGGAGCUCGAGCACAAGAGCAGCUUUCCCCACAUUGAAGGACAAAAAGCGGAUGGGGGAAAUACGUCGAGCGAUACGUAG